AUGGCUGCUGCUUCUUCUUCUUCUUCUUCUUCUUCAAAAUGGAAUACUUGGAGCAGUGCUGCAGUUGCCUUGUUCUUUUUGGUCCUAAAUCAUAAUUUUGAAAACAUUGAGGGGUGCUUCAACUCCAUUAUUAGUUUCGGUGAUUCGCUUGCUGACACUGGAAAUGGAUUUCAUCUCUCAAACAAAACGCCUCCUCCCCAUUUUGCCGUUCCACCUUAUGGUGACACUUUCUUUCAUCGUCCCACCGGUCGAUUUUCCGAUGGCCGUAUUGUUAUAGAUUUUAUUGCUGAGAGUUUGGGGCUGCCGUUAGUACCAGCAUAUUUGGGAGGAAAAGACGAAAGGAAUAAUGUAAAAUUCAGGCAAGGUGUCAAUUUUGCAGUAGGAGGAGCAACAGCACUUGAUUAUGCCUACUUGUUGGACAAGGGAGUAAAGCCUAGUAACAAUGCGUCUUUGGGGACUCAACUGGGUUGGUUCAAAGAAAUGCUGCCUUCGCUUUGCAAAUUUCUUUCAGAAUGCAAGGAAUUUCUACAAAAGUCAUUGAUACUGGUGGGAGAAAUCGGAGGCAAUGAUUUCAACUAUGGUUUCCUUGGAAAUAGCACUAAGGAAGAGGUUGAAGCAUAUGUUCCAGCUGUCAUCAACACUAUUAGCUCAGCUAUAAAGGAACUAAUCGAGUUCGGUGCAAGCACACUAGUAGUUCCAGGGGAUUUACCAAUUGGAUGCUCAACAGCUUAUCUGACAAAAUUUAUGCACUCAGAUAAGAAACACUACGAUCCAAAAACUGGUUGUAUUAAUUGGCUAAAUCAAUUCUCCCAGCAAUACAAUGAGCUUCUACAAAAAGAACUUCAUCUUCUUAGAGAGCUUCAUCCUUCUGCUACAAUCAUCUAUGCAGAUUACUACAAUGCAGCCAUGCGAUUUUAUGCAUCUCCUAGGAACCAUGGGUUCACAAAAGGAGCUUUGGUUGCAUGCUGUGGAGCAGGAGGGCCAUACAACUUUAAAUUUUCUGCAGUAUGUGGGAAUCCACCAGCAAGAAAUAUUUGCAAUGACACUUCAUUAUAUGCUAGUUGGGAUGGAAUGCAUUUCACAGAAGCUGCAUAUAAAUGGAUAGCUACAGGUCUUUUGGAAGGCACUUUCACUUUUCCUUCCCUUGGUAAAUUAAUAUCGUCAUGUUUGAAUCCAAAUGUAAAUCAUUUCGACUCUUAAGUACGACGAGUAUAAUCAUA